AAAAAUGGGUGUCCACCAGUUCAAAGCCACACCCGCGCACGAAACCGAAGAAAUGGCUCCAAUUCUCCAAGCUUCUGCAAUUAAUCACCAAUGGCUUCUCUUCCAUCCCUCUGUGUUUCCUCCUCCGCUCCAUCCCUUCUUCGACCUCAUCGCCAUUCGAACACCCUUUUCCGCCAUGGAAGCAGCCUCCCGACCCCUCCAAGAAACACCUUUACACGUGGAAAAACCACAACAUCGCUCUCCUUCCGCACCUCCUACCGAUUCGCCGUCGAUCACGAAGACGAAGACGAAGACGAGCAAAUCGCUAGAGAGUUCAGCUUCGACGAAGCGGUCGAUCUCUUCAACCAAGGAGCUUAUUACGACUGCCACGACGUUCUUGAGAUUCUGUGGAACGGAGCCGAGGAUCCUACCAGAACUCUAAUUCAUGGCAUUCUCCAGUGCGCCGUGGGACUUCAUCAUCUCUUUAAUCGGAAUCAUAGAGGAGCGAUGAUGGAGCUUGGAGAAGGACUGUGUAAGCUGCGGAAGAUGGAGUUUCAAAAUGGCCCUUUCCAUACUUUUGAGAGGGAGAUUUCUGCAGUUUUGGACUUCAUUUACCUGACCCAGAUCGAAUUAGCUGCCUGUGAUGAGAAUGUGUGCGUUACAAUGGAGGGUUCAGAGAGAUCAUAUGAAUUGCUUGGAAGAUAUGGUGCAGGACAGAAGCUGUAUGAUACAGAGGGAGAAGUUGAUGGAAGUAUGUGCAUUGUGUUCUCUCCUCAAACGUCUCAAACUCAUCCAUUAAGGGUAAAGCUUCCUACUCUUGCUGCUACCAAACAACACCUUUUAGCUCUUGACUACCGUUGAUAUUCUUGGUGUUCUUGUUUUACAUAUAUGCUUAGUGAUGAAGAAAGAAAGAUCUCUCAUGUAUACAAAGUGAUAGCAUCCUUAGGUUAUUAUUUAAAACUUUGAAUACAAUAUUUGUAUAUUAGAAGAGAUUAAUGAUUGAAUUAUACUUUUCGUCUAU